AUGCUGUACUCGCUCAUCCCUAGUGAUGGAUCACAAUGUGUCAGACCCAUUAUUGGGGAAAAUAGGAUUCUCACUGAAACUUCAAGGCAAGACAAUUUCCCUGAUGGAUCGACACUAACAUAUAAAUGUUCCACUGGUUAUGUACCGGAGCAGCCUGGAAGUUCCAAUUCAAUCACCUGCAAAGGAAACCAGUGGACUGAACUACAACUUCAGUUGGUGAAAUGUGAACCACCUCCCAGUAUACAGAAUGGAAAUUUUGAUCCCAUGGAUGAGGUUUAUCAAUAUGAUCAGGCAGUCACAUACUCUUGUGAAAAAGAUUACAAUCUUAUUGGAGAAUCAACAAUAUCCUGUUCUGACAACGGAUCCUUUCCUCCUCCUCCUCGGUGUUUAAAAAUCAGUUGUGAUGCACCUACAAUUGAAAAUGCAGUUAGAACUGGAGGCAAGUCACCACCCUACAAAUAUAAAGAGUUUGUCGAGUAUCAGUGUAACACAGGCUACAAAAUGGAAGGAUCGCGCUCCCUUACAUGUGAAGAAAACGGAUGGAACCCAUCUCCUCCAUUGUGCAUUGAAGAUAAAAUAGGCCCAGGUCCAAUCCCAAUCACUGAUGCUCCCCUAGAUGAUAAAGCACAAUGUGUCAGACCCAUUAUUGGGGAAAAUAGGAUUCUCACUGAAACAUAUCUAUAUGACUGA